AUGGGUCGAUCGCUUGUUAGGCCGCUGAGGUUUCUGCUUCUGAUGGUGCUUAUUUUAUCGGACUGUCAACGGGUCGAAUGGGAUGCUUCUAAUUUCCCGAAUCCUACAACAGUUGAUUUUAAACGUUGUAAUAUGCGAACAACAGCAAACAUCUGCGAUCCAGACAAAGUGCUUACCGAAUCACAGCGAUAUCGUCUGAAUCACGAAUUGCACCAACUGGAAUCUCGGACAAGACAGGAUCAUGCUCCAGAUUUCUGUCAAAAGAAAGGAAUUACUGCUGCGAUGGCAAUUGUCAAGCACGUUCGAGGCGGUUCGGAUGCGACCAUUAAAGAAAUAGCAAAUGCAAUCCUUCGGAAAUGGACGCUGGAUGAGCAGUGCCAGAAGUCGGUGGUUAUUGUCGUAGCAACAGAAGACCAUCGUUUUUGGGCAGCACGCGAUGAUCGAGUUCCUGUUUAUGGCCAGGAAUUUGAUCAGAUAUUCUCAGAGCAGAAGGAGCUUUUCCGGCAAGGUAACUAUCCUCAAGCACUGGGCAAUAUUCUGCAGCAGACAUGGAGCAAAGCGCUUUCAAAGCAGGGAGCAGGAAGCCGUGAGCCAGCCGAUGGAAGAGGUAGUGGUGCCGGUCGAGACGGCUUCGGACCACCAGUUGGCCCGCCACCACCUGUCGAUAUCCGUCCACAGCCAGGCGGUGGUAAACAUGAAGGACUGUUACCGAAAAUACCAUUUUGGGUUUGGCUUGCACUUAUCCUUAUUAUCAUACCAUUGCUGUGUUGUUGUUGCAUAUGCUAUUGCUGUUUUUGCAAAAAAAGCAGUAGUCCGCGGCGACAGGGGCCAUCAGACAUCGAAGGUGCAGGAGGAGUCCCGAUGGGCGGUGAUGGAGGUGGAAGACCUGGAGGCAGAAGUACUGGUAUGAAUAGCUUCCUUGGCGGAUUGGGUGGUGCUGGAAUAGGCCAUUUAGCUAGUCGAUUUCUUAGUGGUGGUGGAGGUGGUGGCGGUUUGGGUGGUCUGUUUGGUGGGAGCGCUGGUCGUCGAGGCGUUCCAACCGACCCAGACUAUCAGGGUGGCGGUGCUUAUCCGGCUGCGCCGUUUCAGCCAGCCCCUAAAGCUGGAGACUACGGGGGUGGUGGUGCUGGCGGGAAAGGACUUUAUCCAACAGCAGCUGUUCGUGAUGAUGGUGGCGGUGGUGGCUGGUAG